AUGUCAGUCAAGGAUGUUAAGAGUGAGGAUGAAAAGCCUCAAGGAUCCUACCCGUAUAUGUGGUCUCCCACAUCCGAGACUUCAAUUACCGAGUUUACCUCGAAACACAAACCAUCCAUGAUUCAAGACGACGGAACGAAACCUUGGAUCUGGGUUCAAAGUGGACGUGCGCCAGCGCGAACGGAUGAGAACGUUGCGGAAGCAGUGGAGGAGGCUACGGUACUCGUUGAAGAGGUUCAGGAGAAAGUUCAGAAGAUUCAGGAUGAUCCCGACAUUCCCAUACGUUCAAACAAGAAGAAGGGUACGAAGAGCAAGAAGGAGCUACGAGAGCUGGAACAAGCUCAAGCCUCAGAGCGCCUGAAAGAGCUAUCGACAAAGCACGGCUAUGUAUCUGGCAAAAUACUCGUAUUCUGCCCAAACGAGCGCGUUGACGCCACUUGGAAGAGUGUUGCAGAGUCUCUCGUUGAUGGCCCGCUAGCGAAGACUGCUUCCUACCUCGCGAAAGUUGCAACCUGUCCCGUUGUGGAUACGCACAACUCUCAGCAUGUUCUCUGCAUAUACGUUCCUGACGUUUAUGACCAGACUGCCGUGACUGAGGUCCUACGCGUACUCUUUCGUCAGCACGGCAUUGCUCCGAACGGUGUAAAGUCGAACCUAUACACGUCCAUUGGCCUUGAUAGCAAGCACCCUAGCGGCAUUCAGUCCACCGUCUGGAAGAACACGGCUCUCCUUCCCGACACGGAGAUCAAGGCAUUAAAGGAAGCUUACUUCAACGAACUCUCUGAGGCCAAGAACGUGUCAUCCACCACAGCAGAAGAAGCCACCACUGCGGCCGAUGACGCUACCAAGGAUACGAAGCCGGCGUCGAAAGCCAAGGCCACGAAAUCUGGUCCGAAGCUGAAGCGGAAACCUGCUGGAGACCCGUUCGCAUCCGACUCAGACUCAGAUGAGCCGAAGAAGAAAGCCCGCAAGUAG